UGGGUACCGGAGAAGUUCUUCUGGCAACAUGGGGAAAGAUAAAACCAAGAACCAGAAGAAGCAGAGGGCAGCUGCCAAUCACAAUGCAGAGGAAGACUUUAAUGCCGUACCCCACUCGUUUGUCUUCCACCGAGGGCAGAUUGGAAAGAAUGUGCAGCAGCUGAUUAUGGAUGUCCGGAGAGCCAUGGAGCCCUUUACUGCCCGGACUCUAAAGGUUCGGAAGAAGAACACACUGAAAGACUUUGUGGCAGUGGCGGGGCCCCUAGGAGUUACACAUUUCCUGAUUUUCACCAAAAACUCAGCCAAUGUCAAUUUUAAAUUUGUCCGCUUGCCCAAAGGACCUACGCUAAGUUUCAAAGUAACUCAGUAUUCUCUUAUAAAGGACGUGGUCUCCUCUCUGAAGAAGCACCGGAUGCACGAGGAGCAGUUCACUCACCCUCCCCUACUGGUGCUCAAUAACUUCGGCACACAGGGAAUGCAAGUCAAGCUGAUGGCCACCAUGUUCCAGAAUAUGUUUCCCUCCAUAAAUGUGCACAAGGUUACCCUAAACACCAUCCGGAGGUGCAUCCUAAUUAACUACAAUGAUGAAACUCAGCAACUGGAGUUCAGGCAUUACAGCCUGAAAGUGGUACCAGUCGGGAUGAGUAAAGGAAUGAAGAAACUCCUCCAGGAGAAAUUUCCCAACAUGAGCCGGUGGGAGGACAUCAGUGAACUCCUGGUAAAAGGAGCCAACCUCUCUGAGAGUGAAGCUGAGCAGGACGGAGACCACAACAUAACGGAACUGCCGCAGGCGUGCGCUGGGCGCGGGAACAUGAAGGCUCAGCAGAGCGCUGUAAGACUGACCGAGAUUGGCCCCCGGAUGACUUUGCAGCUGGUGAAGAUAGAAGAGGGUCUAAGCGAUGGCAAAGUGUUGUAUCACAACUUCAUUCAGAGAACAGAAAAGGAGAUCAAGGCCUUAUUGGAAAGCAGGGAAAAGAAAGUCCGACAGAAGAAAGAGAGAAAGAAGAAGCAGGAGGGAGACGUGGAACGCAAGAAGAAACUGAACGAGGAGAAUAAGAAGCGCAGUUUAGCCGGAAUGAAGAGGAAGCGCGGGGACGAGGAGGGCAGUGACAGUGAAGUGGAGGAUCCUGGGACAAUGGGAGAGCAGGAUCCAGCUAACCAAUCAGAAGAUGAUGAUGCCGAGUAUUACAGACAGGAAGUUGGAGAGGAGCCAGAUAAAGAUCUCUUCCUCCACAGCAAUAAGAAAAAGUUCAGCCACAAACCUGGGCCCCCCAGGAAGAAAUUCAAAGGGUCCGGAAGAGAGAAGCCAAAAUCCGACACAAGAGGGUGGCACGACCGGCCUCACGGCAGCAAAUCCCCCGUCAAGAAACGUGGCGCCAACGUGGGAGGGAAAGACUUCAAAUCUGGUUUCAAACGGAAAGGACAGAAAUUCCAAAGAAAAGGAACUGAACACAAUCCCCAACAUGAUGGUAAAAAGUUCUCCAGCAGCAAAAAAGGGUUUGGAUCUAAGAGCCCCAGGCCGGGCCAGAAACCCAGAGGGCCGGGCCAGAAACCCAGAGGGCCGGGCCAGAAACCCAGAGGGCCGGGCCAGAAACCCAGAGGGCCGGGCCAGAAACCCAGAGGGCCGGGCCAGAAACAGGCAGAUAAGAGGGGCAAACCCUUCAAGCAGAGGAGAAAAUGACCCGAUCGGAAGAAUCUGAUGGACUCCUUGUAAAUAAGAGUAUAAUUAUGUGCCCCUCUCUUUGCAUUUUGUAAUAGAGCUCUGGAAUAAAACUUCUUGACUGUUA